AUGCUCAUUACUGAAUUUGCAGCAAACAUGAUCAAGUGCAACACCGCAUUACCGCUACUUCUAUUGGCGCUCUGUUGUUCUGCAACAAUUGGUCGUCUCAAUAAACGCAGCGGUUAUCACUACAAAACGCCAGUUGGACCACCACACGGACCUGUACAUGGAUAUUACGAGAGUAGCAAUACCCUGCACCCACACGAGUUGCCUUCAGGUCCAUCACAUGAGGUACCGAGCAGCUCCUAUUACGAUUACAAACCCUCCUCCCAAAGUGCUCACGCGCAUGGUAGCGGCGGUGGUGGUGGUGGUGGUGGUAGUGGUGGCAAGUCAGGUUACAGCAUUGGCAGUGGUUUGCGUUCCAUCGCGCAAGGUUCAGCGAAUCAGGCAUACACCGCUGUUGCCAAUCAACAUGCCGCCGCCAAACAGGCAGCUUUUAUUGCUAAAAAUACAUUGGCGCAGGCUGCCUCGCAAGCGGCGGCCACCGCACAGGCAGCACUGGCCGGCAAACAGGUGAUUCUUCAAGAAUUAGAACAACAGGCAGCCGAAGCUCAGCGUUCGCUCUCGCGUGAAUUGGAGCAAUUGAAGUCAGCUAAAGUUGCUUCUCAGUUAGCGCAGCAAACGGCUCAAGCUGCUAAUCAUCAUAUUUCAGUGUUAACAGCAGCCGUAAACAAUGCAAAAUCGGUAGCUGACCAGGCUGAGCAGGCUUCGAACGAGGUGGCGAAUCAAUUGGCUUCUCAAUCGUCAAUGGUCGGUCAGGCAAAAAGUCGUGCCGAGCAGGUGGAGGAACAACUGAAACAGGCGCGUGUCGAUUUCGAGGCUACGAAGGAAGCGGCGCUAAAAGCCGCUUCUUCCGCCGCCGAGGCACAAGUGAAUGCAUCGAAGGCGGCCGCACAUGCCACCAUCGGCUUGCAUGAUACCACCAAUCACAAUCCUCCCAGCGCGGAAGCGGAUGACUCGUCGUACGAUAUUGAGACCACUGGCAUGGGUCACGAAAUACAAUAUGAUGCGCAUGACGUCCAUCGGCAAUGA